AUGGCAGCCGGGCAGGCUCUUGUUAGGGCUCUCCAUACUUUAGGGUUUGUCAAAGUUACCGGUCAUGGAAUUGAAAAACAUGAAAUUGAGACUGCUCUUGCUUGGACCAAGAGGCUUUUUGAUCUGCCGUAUGAAGACAAGAUGAAAGCCCCCCAUCCCCCUGGAAACAUGCCCCACCGAGGCUACUCAGGAAUCGGCAGGGAGAAAGUCUAUUCCCCCACAGAUGUAGAGGCCAAUGCAGCGGCCGGCAAUAUUGCCCAAAAAUUGCGGAAGAUCUCUGACUUUAAGGAGAGUUAUGAGAUAGGAAGUGAGGACGAUCCCGUGCAGCAGAACAUAUGGCUACCCGAUGAUAUACUCCCUGACUUCAAGCGUCGUAUGACAGACCUCUACAAGAGACUGUCCGGUGUGAGUGAGGUCUUGCUUCAGGCCAUUGGUGUUGGCUUAGGCCUGAGCGACGAAGAACGUACCGCGCUUGAUAGGUUGAUUUCGGACCGCCAUUGCCAAUUGCGCCUAUUGCACUACCCUUCUAUUAGCAAAGAAAAGUUACAGAAUGACCUAAUAGCACGUCUACCACCCCAUACAGACUGGGGAACAUUUACGAUCCUUUUUCAAGACGGUGGCGGGGGAUUAGAACUAAAGCGCCCCCGAUCACAAGAAUUCCUUCAUGCGGAACCUGAAGACGAAACCUUUAUAUUGAAUAUUGGUGACAUGCUCCAACGCUUUACUAAUGAUUACUUUGUCUCUGCUAUACAUCGAGUAUCAGUUCCCAAUGUCGAUGAAGUACCAGAGACGGGUAUCCCCGCUCGCUACUCCAUUCCUUUCUUUACUUGCCCCGACUUCACUCACGUGGUAGAAACUCUACCACGCUUCGUUACGAAUGGAAACCACAGCAAGUAUGAGCCAGUCAGGUUUGAUGAAUACGGUUCAAUCGUUAGCAAAUACCAAUACGCAGGAGACGACAUGUAA